AUCAGUCGCCCAAGCUCUUGUCCGUGGAGAAUCUGUAGCAGCUGAGGCGUACGAACAUGUGACCAUCUACUUCAGCGACAUCUGUGGGUUCACUGCGUUGUCCGCGGUUAUUGAUCUGUUGAACGACCUCUACACGACGUUCGAUUCCAUCAUCGAAAACUUUGAUGUCUAUAAAGUUGAAACCAUAGGAGAUGCUUACAUGGUGGUGUCAGGACUUCCGGUGAGGAACGGUAAUAUUCAUGCCCGGGAAAUUGCCCGGAUGUCGCUUUCCCUGCUAGAUGCUGUUCUAUCUUUUAAAAUUCGCCAUCGACCUGAACAACAGAUGAAACUGCGGAUUGGCAUUCAUUCAGGGUCAGUGUGUGCUGGUGUCGUGGGUCACAAGAUGCCGAGGUAUUGCCUGUUUGGGGAUACUGUCAACACGGCCUCCAGGAUGGAGUCUAAUGGAUUACCAUUGAAAAUCCACGUCAGUCCACAGACGAAAGAAGCGUUGGAAGUAUUUGAAACCUUUGACCUUGAACUAAGAGGAGAAGUCGAGAUGAAGGGCAAGGGAGCCGUAACCACAUAUUGGCUACAGGGCGAAACACCUGCAUCAGAUCCGCUGAAGAAGCCAGUUCAUCAGAACUCAAUAUCCUGA